UUCAGCAUAUAUUCGUCCGGCCAGUUCAUGAAUCCCGGCCCGGCGCCGCGACCUCCUACCGACCGACCACGUCUUGCCCUUACUCCCAACGCAAACUUGCCCGGAAGCAUGUCCAACAUGGCUAUUUCACCAAUUCGAAGCACAGUGACAUCGACAUAUUCCGGUUCCACUGUUUCACUCCCAAUCGCCCGCCAACAGUCUAACAAUACUGAUGGCAUGGGCGGGGUAGCCAUUAAGAAGGAAGGUUGGGCGCAUGUCAAAGAAAGCAGGAACUUCAUCCAACCCUGGAAGCAAAAGUACCUGAUCCUGCGCAAAGAAUCACUGGAUUUCCACAAAGCAGAGGGUGGCAAAGUAUCAUACACUUUAUAUUUAAAAGAUGUUGUCAACGUGGGCCGUGUCGAGUCUGCUGGCACCAUCUUCGAGAUUAAGCGAAAGCCUGACGGUGCCUCCAACAGCCCCGGCGACGACGAUGGCACAACCAAGACCCUGCAAAUCAAGGUGAAAGGAGACGAUGAUUUAUAUGAAUGGAUCGACUUCAUUUAUGGUGCCUGCCCUGGUAUGGGUGGAGUGGGCGUUCCGACCAACUUCUCUCAUGCUGUUCACGUUGGCUUUGAUGCGUCCACGGGAGAGUUUACUGGUUUACCCCCCGAGUGGUCGCGACUUCUGAACUCCUCCGCUAUUACCAAGGAGGAUUACGAGCGGAACCCGCAGGCCGUGUUCGAAGUCCUUGACUUCUAUACUGACCACCUUACCAAGAAGGACAACCCCAACCAGUACCCCAGCUUGACGCCGACCGCCAACAAGCAGUACGGCUAUGGAGGAAGUUCGGUGGCACCUCCACGACCUGCUCCCCCGCCUAGUUCCCAGCGCCCGGCAUACAACCCUGCACCAUCCUCCUCCUCCUCGUCAGCCAAUUCUCAGUGGCGACAGCAACAAGAUCCAUACCAGCAGCGCCAAAACGCGCAACCUGCCUACUCUUCACAGGAUGCUCUUCGUGAGGAGCAGCGUAAGAAGCAGCUCGAGGCUCAGAAGCUUAGGGAGGCCGAGGAGAGGGAACGUCGGGAACUCGAAGCAUACAAUGCCUCUCUUCCUAAGACGAAGGUGCCAAUGGCAAAGCAAGAGAUUGGCGGAGGCGGAGGCUACUCGGUAGGAUCGGGUUCUUCAUCCCAACCAGAUCGAUUUAACCCUGCUAGGGCCGCCCCAGCAGCACCAAAGGCCAACAACCAGCAGCCCAGCCCUCUCCGCGCCCAACGGCAGGCUCCGGCGCCACCCUCAUCAGCAAACAAUGCUCAACCUCGUCUGCAGGUGCAAACUCAAGGACGCGAGCCAGCACCACGCUUACAGCGAACCGACACGCCUCCCACAGCAUCACCAAGCACGGCCCGCCAUCCAAAUGGAGGACCGCAAUACAAGACACACCAACAGCCACAAUCGCCUGCCCAGGCUACCCGUUUACCCGCUGCCCCCAAGCCCCUUAACGUGGCACCUAAGCAGCAGCAACCCAAGCAACAUCACCACCAGCAGCAUCCUGCAGAGGGCGUCAAGGCUGCCGAAGCGGCCCUCACCGCCAAGCCUCCCCCAAGUGAGAGGAAGCAGGAUGUUCGCAUGUCUACGAUGUCCGAGAGUGAGGUUAUGGCCAAGUUGAAAGAGGUUGUCUCUAAAGACGACCCCAACUUGUCAUACUCUAAGCAGAAGAAGAUUGGACAGGGCGCUUCAGGAUCUGUCUAUGUGGCAAAGAUCAAGGAGACUGCCCAGGGUACAGCUCGAGAAAUCCUUCGCCAGCAUGGUAGCAGGGCUCAGGUCGCCAUCAAGCAGAUGGACCUCGCACAUCAACCCCGAAAAGAACUGAUUGUGAACGAAAUCAUGGUUAUGAAGGACAGCCGACACAAGAAUAUCGUCAACUUCCUUGACGCAUUCCUACGCAGCAACAAUUCCGAACUUUGGGUUGUCAUGGAGUUUAUGGAAGGUGGUGCUCUCACCGAUGUGAUUGACAACAAUAACCAGUCCAUCACUGAGGACCAGAUCUCUACAAUUUGCCACGAGACAUGCCAGGGUCUACAGCAUCUCCACUCUCAGAACAUUAUCCACCGUGAUAUCAAGAGCGACAAUGUCCUACUUGAUGCUCGUGGAAACGUUAAGAUUACCGAUUUUGGUUUCUGCGCAAAGCUCACAGAAGCGAAAUCAAAACGUGCCACGAUGGUGGGCACGCCGUACUGGAUGGCCCCCGAGGUUGUGAAGCAGAAGGAGUAUGGGCCUAAGGUCGAUAUCUGGUCCCUCGGAAUUAUGGCUAUCGAGAUGAUUGAGUCCGAGCCUCCAUACUUGAACGAGGAGCCCCUCAAGGCUCUCUACCUCAUUGCCACCAACGGAACACCACGCCUUAAGAAGCCGGAAAAGCUAAGCAAGGAGCUUAAGGCUUUCCUCUCUGUCUGCUUGUGCGUGGACAUUAAGAGCCGAGCAUCCGCUCACGAAUUGUUGAACCAUGAUUUCCUGAAGCACGGUUGUCCGUUGGCCAGCUUGGCAGAUCUUCUUGCCUUCAAGAAGCAUCCUAAAUAA